AAAAACCGAAAUAGUAUAAAAAGGGAAAGAUGUAAAAGAAACUAAAAUUAAAUAAAGUGAACUAAACGGUCAGAACCCCUGAGCAAGAUGGCGGCUGCGGCUGCAGUUCUGUCAGGCUCCUGCUCUGUCACGUGUCUCCUGUCGACCAAUCAGAGCUGUGUGCGUUCAGGACGACAACAACCCGCUGAGCGGCGGAAUGCUAGCGGACCGCUGGCCCGAAAACACGGAUUCAGACGCGGGUUUCGACUGUUUUCUGUUUGCGGUUAGUUCCUUUAACCUGACCCGGUCCAGUAGAACUGUUCUGAGGUUCUGACUGAGUCCAGCCUGGGUCCUUCCCGAGCUGUUCACAUCCCGCAGUCUCCGGAUUCCCAGCUGACAUUCCCAGCUCCCUGAAGGUUAGCAUGGAAGUUCUGGAAUGUUAGGACGAUGUUCAAGAAUGUGUUCGGUUCGGGAUUCCUGGUGAGGACGGCCCAUGUGGUUCUGACCUGGAUCAUCACGCUCAUCCUCUUCCUGUAUGACACAGAGCUGAGGAAGCAGGAGGAGACGGGCCAGCUGCUGAAGCCGGUUCUGUUCGUCCUGCUGGUUCUGGUGUCGGUUCUUCUGUACUUCGCGGUGUCGCUCAUGGAUCCGGGAUUCAUCCUGACUGAGGACAGCGACCUGCAGUUCACUCUGGGAGUAACGGAGGAGCAGCAGGAUAUGAUCCCGCCCAGCACCAAGUCGCUGCGUCAGCGCCGCUGCGGCCGCUGCCUGCUGCAGCAGCCAAUGAGGUCGAAGCAUUGCCAGACGUGUCAGCACUGCGUGCGGCGCUACGACCAUCACUGCCCCUGGAUCGAGAACUGUGUCGGCGAGCGGAACCACCGCUGGUUCCUCCUCUACUUGGCCCUGCAGCUGCUGGUGCUGCUGUGGGGGCUUCACGUCGCCUGGACGGGCCUGGGCCACGCCCCCUCCUGGUCGCGGUGGCUGCGCUCCAACGGCGUGCUGCUGGCCGUCUGCGGGCUGCUGGCGCCGCUGGCGCUGGUGGUGCUGCUGCUGCUCGGGUCGCACCUCUACCUGGUGUCCAUGAACGCCACCACCUGGGAGUUCAUGUCGCGCCACCGCAUCUCCUACCUCAAACACUGCGGCGCCGACCAGAACCCGUUCGACCGCGGCGCCGCCCGCAACCUGUGGGGGUUCUUCUGCCAGUGGGGCAGCGUGGUCUGGGAGCAGGCGUACUUCAGGGAGGACAGCGACCCGGUUUAGGUUCUGAGCCGCUCACGGUGUCGGAUCACCAGCGCCGGUUUAACUGGGUCACAGCUGGUUCUGUUCUGCCAGCCAAUCGGUCCCGACCGACCCGGAUCACGUUCUGGGAAAUCAGGACUAAAGUUGUUUAAGGUCCAAAUGUUGGACCAGAUUAAGACUCAGAGCUCUGGUGGUUCUGGUACCAGUGGACAGGAGCUGAUUCAACCAAUAAACCCAGAAACAGGAAGUGAGCCGGAGGUCCAAGCUGUGACUUCCUGUCAGAACUGGACUCAGUCUCAGGGUUUCUGGGAACAUCAAAGUUUUUAUCCGGGUCGUUUGUUUGUCUUGAUCCCGACAGGAAGCUGACUGACGGACUUCCUGUUUCACCUGCCGGUUCAGACCGGGUUCCUGCUGCAUGUCUGGUGUUUCUGGGUCCCUCAGGUUCUACCGGGUCCAGUUCUUUACCUUUAUUCCCAGAACUGGGAUGUUUUCAACAUGUUCAGUUUUCCAGGCAGAAGAAGCUGCAGCGUAAACUGAGGGGCUAUGGAGAUAUUAUAUAUAUAGAUAUAUAAUAUAGAUAUAUAAUAUAUAUUAUAUAUAUAUUAUAUAUAAUAUGGAGAUAUAUAUAUAUAUAUAUAAUAUAUAUAUAUAUAUAUAUAUAUAUAUAUAUUAUAUAUAUAUAUUUAUAAUAUAUAUAUUUAUAAUAUAUUAAAGUUUCCCAUGUCGGAGCUCCAGUUUAUACCAACUCAUCUAAAUAUCGUUUUUCUGACUUAUUGAUUCUGUGUUCGUGAUUUUUUACCUCUGAACUGAAAUAAAGUCGUUACUGAGAAGAAA